CAACUAACCAAACAGGAGAAGACAAGGGAAGCUUGACAGAACACCGUUUCCUCUGUCAUUUUUAGGUAAAAAUCGGAUGUCAUCCGGCUAAAUACUGCGUGUAUAAGAAGUUAUUCUUAUCGGAAUCACUUAACGUUAUAUCCUCUAACAUCGACUUUGUCAAAUUAAUCAGCAGAAGACAACGGAAGACGAAAUAAAUUUGUAUCUGUGUCCAGCCCGGAAUCGCCGCUGCGUUUUAACGAAACCAACGCUAGCUAGCAUCAGCUGCACCGGGGCCCAAACCAGCAACUUCCUCAGUGUCGGAGGGGUUUCAAAGCUUCCUGGUUGACAUAUUUUCAGAGUUAUACAGAAGAGUGAUGGCUUGCGGGGCUACUUUGAAAAGGACUCUGGACUUUGAUCCGCUGAGCCAGGCUUCUCCCAAAAGAAGGCGGUGUGCGCCGGUCAUGUCGCCGGUGUCUUCGCCUCAGAAAUAUCUGCGCAUGGAGCCUUCGCCUUUUGGGGAAGUCUCGUCCAGACUCACCACAGAGCAAAUUCUGCACAACAUCAAACAGGAGUACAAGCGUCUACAGAAACGUCGACACCUGGACGUUUCCUUCCAGCAGGCGGAUCGCUGCUGUCCAGUGGAUCUGCAGAACAUCCAGGCUGGGUCUCCUCUACCAGGCGCGUCCUCAGGAGCCUCAUCUCCCACCAGGAAGGAACAGCCGUUAUUCUCCCUCCGACAGGUCGGGAUGAUCUGCGAGAGACUGCUGAAGGAGCGGGAGGAGAAAAUCCGCGAGGAGUACGACGAGACGCUGACGACGAAGCUCGCCGAACAAUAUGACGCGUUUGUGAAGUUCACACAUGAUCAGCUCAUGCGGAGGUUUGGAGAGCAGCCUGCUAGCUAUGUUUCCUGAGUUCUGCUGUUUGAUUUUCUUGGGGGGGACUCUUUGCUGCAGAUACUCCAGGGACUCGGCGGAUCUGAUCGGACUUUUUAUUCCAAGCUGUGCCAUAUUGCCUCUGUGGACUGGCUGCCUCAGGCCUCAGUGUUGCUCCCAGGGUUAGGAGGGUUUCCUGCUGACACUUUACCAGUGGCCUCUUAACUGCUGUCUUCAUAUUUAUUUGGCUUCUUUCUGAUGCCUUCGUAAAAGGCUAACUGCCGUCACACGUUUUGGCCUUUUGGAUUUUACUUUAUUUUGUGUUUUUUUCCCAACAAAGAUGUUAGCUGUGCAGCUUUUCUGUAUGCACUCUUUGAAAAAAGGGAUCGGACUUUACUGAGUGGAUUGAUUUGAAGGCAGCUUUCAGCCUGGACUCCACAGUUGUCUUUGCUUUUUUUUUAACAUUGUAAAACUGUACCAGUACUUACUGCUUUUAGAUUUGUACAUUCGUAUACACUGUAUUUCUUUUUAUUUUGUCUUGACUUUUGUUUACUGUACCUAAAUGUUAUGUUUGCUGUAGGUUUCAAGGGGCUUUUGGUCGAAUAAUACAAAUAAAUAAAGUCUUGGCACAAAUAA